CAUGCUGCUUUGGGAGCUCAGAAGAGCUGGAACACUUCUCUGCAGAGGAUCUUCAUGUCAGGGUAUCGGCAGUCAAGGACUUACACUGUCCUCUGGGUUACAGAGCAUCCUCCAUGAAGAGAAUGGGCGGACCAGGGGCUGGCGGCAUGGAUGGAGAUGAAAAGACCUUGAAUGUAGUGUCCCCGCCCCUGCCCUCUGGGCUGACAGCUAUUUCCUCCUCCAGCACACUCCUCUCCUGUCACUUGCCUGGUGCCUAGUCUUGCUGCUUUCAGGAGCUGUCAGACUCCCUGGCUCAAGCCUGUGCUCACUCUGCGGCUAGCAGAGAAAGCCAACUCCCCUUAUCUCACUCAAUCAGCACACCCAAGCAGUCACCUCUGAGACCAAGAGCGGCUCUCUAGGAAGAACUGCUGCAAGGCUGCAGACUUCUGGUUCCCCGGUGCCAGGUUCAACCCUCCUUUCUUCCACCUUGCCAUGGCCAACGUCACUCUGAAGCCACUCUGUCCACUCUUAGAGGAGAUGGUCCACCUUCCAAGCCACAGCAACUCUAGCAUCCGCUAUAUUGACCACGUGUCGGUGCUGCUGCACGGGCUGGCUGCGCUGCUGGGUCUGGUGGAGAACGGACUCAUCCUGUUUGUAGUGGGCUGUCGCAUGCGCCAGACGGUGGUCACCACCUGGGUGCUGCACCUGGCUCUGUCUGACUUGCUAGCCUCCGCCUCCCUGCCCUUCUUCACCUACUUCCUGGCGGUGGGCCACUCGUGGGAGCUGGGUACCACCUUCUGCAAGUUUCACUCCUCGGUCUUCUUUCUUAACAUGUUUGCCAGCGGCUUCCUGCUCAGCGCCAUCAGCCUGGACCGCUGUCUGCAGGUGGUGCGGCCAGUGUGGGCACAAAACCACCGCACGGUGGCGGUCGCGCACAGAGUCUGCCUGAUGCUCUGGGCUCUGGCGGUGCUCAACACGGUACCCUACUUCGUGUUCAGGGACACCAUCCCGAGGCUGGAUGGCCGCAUUAUGUGCUAUUACAAUAUGCUGCUCUUGAACCCAGGGCCCGACCGCGACGCCACGUGUGACUACCGCCAGAAGGCCCUGGCGGUGAGCAAGUUCUUGCUGGCCUUCGUGGUGCCUCUGGCCAUUAUCGCCUUGAGCCACGUGGCCGUGAGCCUGCAACUGCGCCACCGCGGCCGCCAGAGGACAGGUCGCUUCGUGCGCUUGGUGGCGGCCAUCGUGGCGGCCUUCGUGCUCUGCUGGGGGCCCUACCAUGUCUUCAGUUUGCUGGAGGCGCGUGCCCAUGCUGUCACCAGCCUACGGCAGCUCGCGUCACGCGGGCUGCCCUUCGUCACCAGUCUGGCUUUCUUCAAUAGUGUGGUCAAUCCGCUGCUUUAUGUGCUCACCUGUCCGGACAUGAUGCACAAACUGCGGCGCUCGCUGCGUGCCGUGUUUGAAAGCGUGCUGGUGGAGGACAGCGACUUGAGUGGUGGGUCUGGCAGCCGCCGCCGCCGUGCCUCCUCCACUGCCACAACCUCCACCCUCCUGCUGGCUGGCCGCCUUCCCCGGCUGCAUCCUGCACGUUUGAUCAGCUGGAUGCGGGGUGGUGGUGCAGAGCCCCAGCAGAGGGUCCCAGUGCAGGCCCAAAAGCGAGGCUCACUGAACCACGCGCUGAGCUCUACCUCCGAUUAGACCAGCACAGCCUGGAUGGCAUGCCAACACACCCCUGGCAUCUUGCCAUACCCCGUUGAAAAUGUACAUAGCCAAUGCUAGGCCCAGGUAAUAGCUCUCCUGGGCAGAGUCCAAAUAACCAGCUUGAGGACGCAUGACUGAGUCUUCAGGAGCAAAGUGAAUUGAAAGCAGUCUUUCCUAAACACUUUAAUCUUGCAGUAUCAAGCUGGGAGAGGAUCAUCAAGGCGCAGAAGUGGCCUUUGGAAGAGCUGCCUGGUUCCUGACCACUGGCCUCAAAGCUUUCACUUUUUUUUUUCCCCUUGAGACAGGGUUUCUCUGUGUAGUUUUGGUGCCUGUCCUGGAUCUCGCUCUGU